AUGUCGACCGCAAGGCCUUGUUUGGCUCAAUUGAGCAGGAUAUGUCUAUACUCGAAUCGACCUGGAAUUACUAGUGUUCCUGCGAGGUCCCUCAGCACAACUGCAGCUGUUGCAGCUCGUGGCCCGAAUGCCCCUAAAAUUCUCUCGAAGGCGGAUAAAGGCUUGAGGAAAGCGUCAACAAAUCCGCAGAAGAACAAAAAGAAGGGCGAGGAGGUGAAAAAGAAGAAGAAGGCGCGGACAGCAUACAAGCAAUAUGACCAGCGAGAGCUUGAGCAAUUCACCCUCCUGGAUGCUAUGCGGUACAUAAGAGCUUUCGAAGUUGGGCAGAAGCCAACUAGUGUCAAAUAUGAAAUGGCUGUCAGAUUCAAGUCGCAGAAGAACGGACCUGUUGUACGAAAUCGAUUACGACUUCCACACCCAGUCAAAACAGAUGUCAGAAUAUGUGUCAUUUGUCCGCCAGACUCGAAGUAUGCAGAGCAAGCUAAAUCUGCUGGUGCUUCAUUAGUUGGAGAAGAGGAGAUAUUCGAGGCUGUGAAGGACGGAAAGAUUGAAUUCGACAGGUGCAUAUGCCAGACGGAUUCUUUGGACAAGAUGAACAAGGCUGGUCUGGGAAGAGUCUUAGGACCUCGAGGUUUAAUGCCGAGCACGAAAUUGGGCACUGUAGUCAAAGACCCAGCUGCAGUGUUGAAGGAUCUCGUUGGAGGUGCUGAGUACAGAGAGCGUAUGGGUGUAGUGAGGAUGGCUAUUGGGCAGCUGGGAUUCACACCAGAAGAGAUGCAGCGAAACAUCAAAACUUUCAUCGAUCAUAUAAAGAAGGACCUUGCACAUCUCAGCGACCGGAUCAACAAAGAAUUGUCGGAGGUGGUAUUGAGCUCCACAAAUUCUCCAGGGUUCCCCCUCAGUGGACAGUUUACAAAGCUAGAUUCGAGUAUUACAUCUCGAGAUCUAUCCACUUCCUAG